GCACACGCACACGCACACGCACACACACACACACACAUACACACACACACGCACACGCACACACGCCCACACGCACGCACACACGCACACACACGUUCUGACGCGGCUCUAGUCACCUAGUCAGCCUGCAGGUCACACGCUUUUUUUUUAUUUAUUUAUUUUUUUUUUUGCAGCACGUUCCUUUUUGCAAGUGCGCCUCCAUGGACGUGAAGAGCGCGUGUCGAGCGCUGCUCCUCCCCGUGCAAAUGCUCCUCUGCCUGGCCCGCUGCGCGCUCUCCUGCCUGGCGCCCAGACGCCGCACGCCGCUGGGCGAGGACGUGGUGCUGGUCACCGGAGGGGGACGCGGCAUCGGCAGACACCUGGCCAAGGAGUUCGCCCAGCAGGGAGCCAAGAAGGUGAUCUUGUGGGGCCGCACAGAGAAGUCCCUCAAAGAGACGUGCGAAGAGAUCUCCCACUCGGGCACGGAGUGCUACUACUUCCUGUGUGACGUGGCCAAUCGGGAGGAAGUUUACAAGCAAGCCAAGCUUGUUCGUGAAAAGGUGGGAGAUGUUACCAUCCUGGUCAACAACGCAGCUGUGGUCCACGGUAAAAGUCUGAUGGACAGCGACGACGACGCCCUCCUCAAGUCGCAGCACAUCAACACCAUGGGACACUUUUGGACCACCAAGGCCUUCCUGCCCCGCAUGCUGGAGCUUCAGCGUGGUCAUGUGGUCUGCAUCAACUCCAUCCUGGCCCAGUCUCCCAUCCCCGGGGCCAUAGACUACUGCACCUCCAAGGCCUCCUCCUUGGCCUUCAUGGAGAGCUUGACGCUGGGCCUGCUGGACUGUCCCGGCGUGGGCUGCACCACCGUCCUCCCCUUCCACACCAACACCCAAAUGUUCCAAGGCAUGCGAGUCAGAUUCCCUCAUCUGUUUCCGCCCCUCAAGCCUGAAGUGGUUGCCCAGAAGACGGUGGAUGCAGUCCGAGCAGGUGUGGCCUUCCUCUACCUGCCUUGGACCAUGCACGCCCUGGUCGUUCUUAAAAGCUUCAUGCCACAAGUUGCACUUGAAGAAAUACACAAGUUUACGGGGAGUUACACCUGCAUGAACACAUUCAAAGGGCGGACAUGAGCCUCCACAACGAGCUCUUAAUGAAGGCAAUAUGGACCUAAAGACAUGUGGAGGUGCAGGAAGUGCCAUCACAAGGACAUGUUGGACAUGUGGAGGUGCAGGAAGUGCCAUCACAAAGACAUGUUGGACAUGUGGAGGUGCAGGAAGUGCCGUCACAAAGACAUGUUGGACAUGUGGAGGUGCAGGAAGUGACAUCACAAGGACAUGUUGGACAUGUGGAGGUGCAGG